UUUCUCAUCACUUUUUGGGCUUUAAUUUUCGUAAACAAAACACACGACAAAAGUUUGUUUGCAAUCCAUUUGAUCCCUGGCUUUGGUUGGAAUUGAUUGCGAACUGUCAUCACAUCUGAUCCCAUCUGAAGACAUGGCCCGCCCAUUGGGAGGAAUCGGCGGAAUUGAGCAAAAGAUUAAAGACAAACAGGAGUUGACUGACAAACAGAUAUCGACGGCUUUCCAAGACAUGAAGCAAUUGAUGCAAAUGGCCAAACAAAUGGUGGGACUCUCGAAGAAUAUCACACAAAAACUUAAGGAUAAGGGAAAUAACAUUUCAAACGAUGAGACGGUUUUAUUCAAAAGCCAUUUAUUGAGUUUAGGUAUUAGUGACCAAUUGGACGAUCCGGUGAUGAGAUCCCAGUUCUCCAGUGAUAACAAAUACUACACAGAGUUAGCCAAACAGAUCUCGCAGAUCAUUAAACCCAUUGUCGAGAAAAGUGGUGGACAAAUGUCUUUGACGGACGCCUUCUGUACUGUCAAUAGAGCCCGUGGUCUCGAUCUCAUCUCUGUUGAAGACUUGUUGAACUCGUGUUCAACGUUUGAGUCGAUAAAGUGUGGCCUAAAAAUGGUUAAAUACAAGAGUCUGAUAGUUGUGGAGAGCGAUAACUACAACGCGAAUGCCAUGAAUAAUAUGAUAAUAGAUUUGUUGGAAAAGUCGGACUCCAUAUCGGCUCAAGAGUUGGCCAUCGAUGCUAACAUUCCGCAGGCGUUGGCCCGACAGAGACUCGUCGACUGCGAGACCACUGGAAUUGUUUGUAGGGAUGAAAGCAUUUAUGGCUUACGUUUCUUUCCCAAUAAAUUUGUGUGAAUUUAGUUUUUAUAAUUGUUUUGUAAAUAAUUAUUGAAUUACUUUAUAUUUAUUCUAAUAUCAAAAUAAAAGCGAAUUAAUAAUUGACUAAA